GGGGCCACGGUGCGCGGCGGUCGGGCGGCGGACUCGGGUUCCCAGGGUCCGUUCAGGUCGGUGCUUUGCGGGGGGCCUGACGGGGAGAGCGGGGAGGGGCGGCCGGGCCCGGGGAGCCGCUGUACCGCCCCGGGCUGGGCCUGACCCGCUCUCCCCUCAGAGCCCGGCUUGUGGCAGCGCUGGGCUCUGCUCUGUGGAGAGCUCCGUCGGGGGCUCAGGCCGUGUUCUGCCCCACAGGGAGGUUUUAGCAGAGAAGGCAGCUUGCCGUGCCGCACGCCUCUUGCUGAGAGCACACUGAGCAAAGUGAGGUUCGUGUCUGAGGCUGCCAGGGCGCGAUGGAGAGCGUGGGCUUGCAGACAGUGACCCUUAGCGAUGGGACAGCAGCCUCUGUCCAGCAUGCUGUCAAAGGUAAUGGAGUCUUUGGGCUGUGAGGUCUCAAAGUCUCUUAACGACCCCGUGAAGUUGGAGAUAAAGUGCCCUCGUGGUGUGCAAACCGCCAUGGAUCUUCUAUGGGAUGCUUGUGGCUGACUUAGAUUGGCAUAGAAGACUGUGCAGGAAUCAGAGAUGUUGGAAGGGACCUCUGGACUCUGGAGUCCAACCUCUCUGCUAAACACGUUCCCUACAGUAGGUUGCACAGGAAAGCAUCCAGGCAGGUCUCAAAUAUCUUCAGAGAUGAUGACUCCACAGCCUCUCCGUGCAGCCUGUUCUUGUGCUGUCACCCUCCCAGUGAAGAAGUUCUUUUGUUUGCUUGUACAGAACUUCCUGUGUUCUGGUUUUUGCCCACUGCCCCUCGUCCUGCUGCUGCACGCUGCUGAAAAGAGCCUGGCCCAAUCCAUUUGACUUCUGCACUUUAGAUCUUUGCAAACUUUGAGGUCACCUCUCAGUCUUCUCCAGGUUGAACAGUCCUAAGUCUCUCAGCUUUUCCUCACACAGGAGAUGCAUCCAUGAAUAAAGCACGUCUCUGCUUCAGAAAUAAAACUUUGGAGAUAGGAGAGCUGUUAAAGUAGAGAAUUGAGGUUCUGUUCAGACUGGGGAAAUGGAGUUCCCUGUAUGGCCUGCAGGACCCCUGAAGCUAAGCAGAAUGUUUGACCUCACUGAAGUGCAUAGCAUUUGGUUCCCAAUAAAGCUUUUCUCACUCAAAAGGAUGCUGACCUCAGUGUUGGUUAAAAUGCAAUAUCAGUGCCAAAUUCAACCCCUGUCCUUAUUCUGGGGUGUGUAAGGUGCUCCUUUCUUCAUCACCUGCUGUUCCUGAGGAAAGGAAUGUGCCAUCUCCCAGUCUACAGAGUGGGAUUUUCCAUCUCCUGGUCAUUGCUGUUUCACUUACUUUUCUGUGUAAACUCACUGCAAGUUUAUUAAAUUUGUGCAGCUGAAAACCAUUAGGUUUUGUGACUUCUCCCAGCAAACACUUUGCAUGUGCUGAAAGCAAUUUGAGUAAGAUGGAGCGAUGUCCUCUCUGCAUCAAACAACAACUAAAAUAUUGCAGAGUGAAAAGGUAAUUGAAGAGCAAGUCACUGAAACUGAAGAUGAAAACACAGUGUACAUCCAUCCAGUGAUAGUUCAGAAAGAUUUUGUAGCUUUUGAAGAUGGACAGCCAGUAGUCUCAGAAGACAGGGGUAUGGCCUACAUAUCUAAAGAAGGUUUUGAUUCCAGCACUUCAGAGGCUGUCCAGCCAGAGGAUGGCUCCACCACCAACAUCCAUUCUCCUGCCAUUGUGCUCCCCGACAGCCCCAUCCUGGAAGUGCAGGCGGAAACUGGGCAAGAGGAGAAUGACGAUGCUUUUGAUGUCGGGACCAUUAAUGACUUAAAGCAGUAUGCCAACAUGCAUUUGCAGGAGCAGGAAGUGCACAGCAAUGAGAAGAGGAUACGGCCUGUCCGUAAAGCUUUCCAUUGUGGGUACAUAGGCUGUGGUCGCAUCUACACCACUGCCCAACAUCUGAAGGUACAUGAACGUUCUCAUACAGGUGACCGGCCAUAUGCAUGUCGCUUCCCAAGUUGUGGGAAGACAUUUGCUACAGCGUAUGGGCAGAAGACCCACAUGAAAAUACAUACUAGUGAGAAACCAUUCAAGUGCCCAGAAGACUCGUGUAGCAAAGCCUUCAGAGCUUCUGGCGAUCUACAGAAACACAUCCGGACACACACAGGGGUGCGUCCCUUCAAGUGCCCAUUUGAGUACUGCGACCGCUCUUUUACCACCUCCCACAUCCUCAGGGUUCACAUCCGAACGCACACAGGCGAGCGUCCCUACACGUGUCCAGAGCCCAUGUGUGGAAGGAGCUUCACCAGCGUCACCAAUUACAAGAACCACAUAAGGAUUCACACAGGGGAGAAGCCAUAUGCCUGCCCUGUGCCGGGCUGUGGAAAGUGCUUCACGGAGUACUCCAGCCUCUACAAGCACCAGGUGGUGCACACACGCAGCAGGCCCUACUCCUGCAAGGUCUGUGGGAAGGCCUACAGCCAGAAAUCUACGCUGGGUACGCACAAGUGCAGCGGCCGCAGUGAGCCAGAGGCCACAGUGGAGAGCGAAGAAUUCCUGUGUGAACAGCAGCAGCUGGAGGUUGCUGCUGAAGAAGGCUCCCCCAUGGAGAGCCAGCAUGUUGCUUUCCCAUCAGAGAUGGAGAAGGAUAAGGAUGAAGAGGAAUAUGAUGAUGGUAUGCCUACAGAGGUCUCACUUAUCUCUCAGGAUGAGACAGAGCAGAUCAGCUUGUCACAGGAAGACCUGCAGGCCCUGGGCAGUGCAGUCAGUGUGGUGAUACAAAGCAGUGCCCUCGCAAUGCCCGAGGAAGAGCUUGUGGGUGGUGACAUGCACACCAUGACUGUGGUCAACGCUGAUGGCAUUGAGACACAGCCGGUUACCAUAGUCACUUCUGGGGCAGUUGUGUCUGAAGAGUCAGCCAUCACAUCCCUCUGUCAUCAGCAGGUGGCAUUGUUGGCGACCACCAAUGGCACUCACAUUGCAGUGCAGCUUGAAGAGCAGCAGAGCCUGGAGGAUGCCAUCAGCAUGGCAGCAGCAGCAAUCCAGCAUGAACCUGUAACACUGGACGCAGCUGUGACUGAAAAUGGCUGUUGAGACCCUGCAGAGCCUCCCAGGCAGGAAGAGCAGCCGAGCCCGUUUCUUCACGGGUGCAUCAGGAUCUGCAGGACCUGGGCCAGCAGGCACGUGGAAGAUGUGCAGUAUAAGAGUGAGGGAAGGAGUCUGAGAGCAGCUGGCAUGUGAUGUGCAGCAACCAGGCAGUGAGAGCCAGUGCUGGCAGUGCUGGGCUGCCAGGGUGACCAUGCCAGAAGGGCUCUUCUCUCUAUGAGCAGAGUCUGUGACAGCUGCUGGAGGCUCUGCUGUUUUCCUGGGCUCAGAGCAGCAGCUUUCCUGCUCCUUGCCAUGGACACUUGUCAUGGUUUUAUGAUUUUUGUUAUCAGUAUUCCACAUCAUAACAUCAUGUAGUGUGCUGGGAGUUAAAGAGUUAAUGCUCCUGUUCCGUGGGCUGCUGAUAUUUCCAGGUACCUGGUUCUCAGAAGAGAAAAACAACUACAUCUCUUACAAGACUUCCACUGUUCUGUUUCCAUUUUCCAUUUAGAGGGAAAGAUAAAACUGUUUGCAAGUCAUGAGACGCCUCCUCUUCUUUACUGCUCGUCUCUGCAGUGUGUGCUCCCUGGCUGUCUCACCUUCAGCAUUAGAGUAAGGCCUUUGGUUUUGGACACUCUUACUCUCUAAUUUUAUUUGAUUGAUUAGCCUCAAUUCCAGUUAUAUUGUAUUACACUGUGUUAUCUUGCAUUACGAUAUCAUAUUUAGUGAAUGAGUUUUUCUCCCUUAGCUCGUUGCCCUUGUUUGGGGUUUUUUUUUUAGGCCUAUCUCCCUACUUUUUUUCCCCUUUUCCCCCUUCCCCUUCUCCCAAGGUAUGGGUCUGUGGGUCCCCCUGCCCCAUUACUCCAGAGGGUAUGGCAGAGUGUCUUCUAUUUACUUCAUGCCUAAGAUUUCCAAGCCCUGCUGGUCUCCUGCAGAAGAUAAGGAGCUACAAAGAUUUCAGCUCUCUAGGAAUGCAGAUUUUUUUUUUUUUUUUUUUGGAGAGGCAUUUCUUGUCCCCUCCCUCUAAAAAUGGUUCAGCAUUCCCCUUUUCUGCCAACCCCUCUGCCUAAGGAGCAAGUGGGCAGCAAAGCAAUAAAGCCCCAUUAGAGGAAGCCGGGGCUGCCCAGCGCUGGGUGAGUCCUGAUGCUGGAAGUCAGUGUCCCCAUGGGUGCACACUGAGCACGUGGCAGGAAUUCUCCCAUCUCAUACCACUCAAGCAAACUGUGUUGGCAGACCCAGUGCUGUGGAGCAGUGGGGAUCCUGUAUUUGCUGGGGGCUGAGCUCAACUUGGAUGAUUAAAAGUUCUGUUUUUAAAGUUAAA